UCCCCGCCCACAAUCUGCAGGAAAAUAGAGACAAAGAAGAAGAAGUCUUCGUUAGAGUUUCUCUUCUUUAACUCAGCGGAAAGAGUUCAAACAUUAACUUCACUGAGUAAAGAAACUACCGAGCAAACACCGGAAUAAUGACGUCACCGGAAGGAACAUAACCGAUGACACGGAUACGACCUCUCACCUCCUCACCAUGGAGACGCCAGCCGCACCAGGAAACACUUUGAGAAUGCAGUGUGACAGCUCCUCCUCCUCUUCCUCCUCCUCAUCCUCUUCCUCCUCUUCAUCUUCCUCCUCCUCGUCUCCUCAGUGCUGCAGCUGUGACAGCUCCUCCUCCUGUGUUUGGUGUGUGGACUGUAGUGAAGCUCUGUGUGGAAGCUGUUUGUCGGCUCAUCGCAGAGUGACGAUCACCAGAUCUCACCAGAUCCUUGACAAGCCGCCUGCAGGCGCAAUCAGGACUCCGCCCACAAAGUACUGCAAGCUCCACCCCUCUGAGCCGCUCAAACUCUUCUGCUUCACCUGUCACCAUGUCACCUGCCGGGACUGUCAGCUCAUCGAUCACAAGAACCACAGGUAUCAGUUUAUCAGCGAGGCAUUGGACAAAAUUAAGAAGCAGGUGGACCACUUGAUUCAUCCAUUCAGAGUGCAGACUGACACGGUGAGGCGGAGCCUGCAGGACAUGGAGACCAGGCUGCGGGACAUCUCAGAGAGCGAGGCUCAGCUGGAGGCGGAGCUGAGUCAGGCUCACAUCAUCCUGACUCAGCACAUGAAGAACCGGACUCAGGAGAUCCUGAAUAAGGUCAAGGAGGUGAGUGAGCAGGAGAGCCAGCAGAUCAGAGUGAGGAUGAUGAAGCUGAAGCUGAUGCAGCAGCAUCGACAGAUGCUUUUGGCUGAAGCAGAAGCAGCCAAAAACAGAGACCUGUCCCAACUGCUUCACUUUGCCGCUCAGGUUCAGUUUCUGACAAAAAAGCUCCCUGUUCAGGACUUGUAUCCUCCUCAGAACAUGGUUCACCUGAAGGUCAUCACCGACAAACCGUCUCUGGAGGCCAUUUUGAACUUUGGUAAACUUCAAGUUGGAUCGGUCCCGUUUUCCGUCGAUCCACCUCCCCCUCAGAACACAUACGACCCGGCUCAGUCGUCGGCUCCAAGUUCAUGCUCCCUCCCCACCUCCCUCCACUGCUCCUCCUCAGCCAGACCUUCUACCUCCACGGUCCCGGUCCUGGUUCCGGCUCAGACCGCGGGCACAAACGUAAAACAGUUGAUGCCUAAAAGUCAACCCCAGCCUGUGGGUACACCCUUUGUCCUACAGCCUGCCCCCUCAGCCAGCAAUGUCCUCGCAGUAGUCUUGAACCAGAAGACCGCCCCCCCUCAGAACCAGCCCUCCUUGGUCCAGCUGGCCGACGCUCUGAACGCGUACCAGAUGUCAGGCAUGACGGUUCCCUUCAGCACGCCUCAGCUGCCUUUGCUGCUCAAUCAGAAUUUUUCUUACGCCCAGCCUGGAUUAGCUUGGUCCAGUAAACGAGAGACAAGCAACCACACUGCUGUAAAUAAGCAGAACCUCGGCAGUAAUCAAAUACUCUUUGUAAGGACUACAGGGACCACUGCUGGACCAAGUCACUGUGCGCCACAACAACAAACACCACGCCACGUACCAUCGCUGGCACACCAUCCAUUGCAAGACCAACAUCCAUUACUGAACCAAAAACUAACACAACACCACCAACCAUUGCCAGUCCACAAACAAACACCAGACCACCAACCAUUGCCAGUCCACAAACAAACACCAGACCGCCAACCAUUGCCAACCGCCAACCAUUGCCAGUCCACAAACAAACACCAGACCACCAACCAUUGCCAGUCCACAAACAAACACCAGACCACCAACCAUUGCCAGUCCACAAACAAACACCAGACCACCAACCAUUGCCAGUCCACAAACAAACACCAGACCACCAACCAUUGCCAGUCCACAAACAAACACCAGACCACCAACCAUUGCCAGUCCACAAACAAACACCAGACCACCAACCAUUGCCAGUCCACAAACAAACACCAGACCACCAACCAUUGCCAGUCCACAAACAAACACCAGACCACCAACCAUUGCCAGUCCACAAACAAACACCAGACCACCAACCAUUGCCAGUCCACAAACAAACACCAGACCACCAACCAUUGCCAGUCCACAAACAAACAGAAGACUGGGAUUCACUGCCAGUCCGCAAACUAA